AGGGAGCUGGGGAAUCGGCGAAGGAAAACGGUUGUUCUGGGAAGGGACUGGGAGUUUCUAAGAGCGAGCGGCGGAGGUCAUCUGCUGGGCCAGCCAGCUUCGCCAAGAAUCGGAAAGUGUCCACCCACUGCAUGGCGCGUGUUAAGGACGGGGGUCGAGUCAGUCUCUCGGGUGGCCCUUUUUGCAGUGGGGCGAGAGAUUUGCAGAGGGCGGAGCGCGGGGGUCAAAGGAGGAAGGCGGUGCGGAAAAGCAUCUUUUCGCGUCUAGGACCGGUCGAAAACUGGAAGCCCCUGGACCAAAUCUCCGCACUUGAUGGAUACUGACAGCCCCAAAGGCGAGGAAUGGCGAGUGUGGAGAAAGCUGUAUCUGUGGCAACAAAAUUUGCUGCCAAGCCGGAAUAGAGGACGCUGAAAAACAGCAAGAUGAAGAUUCAGGGUUCCCCCUUGUGUAUAGAAACCCUGAAAACUCUGAGCUGAAGAAGUGUGCAAGUGGCACCUGCUGUUUAACAUUUAUGUAAUGCUAUUGAUAUACCAGGGGACUUCAGAGAAGAUAGAAGUGUGACGUCUCUGCUCCAGAGGUUUACUAUUUAUGUUGGAACUACUAUCAAGGGAUUAUGUUUUACAGCAACCUUUUAUCUUCAAGAAGAAUAGCAUUGAAUGUCCCUUUGAUUAUAUGCAAAAGAAGCUGGUAUUUAUGCUGAAACAAAACUGGAUUCACCAUGAGGCCAAAGACUUUUCCUGCUACCACUUACUCUGGGAACAGCAGACAAAGAUUGCAAGAGAUCCGGGAAGGUUUGAAGCAGCCUACCAAAUCUUCUAGUCAAGGAUUACCUGUUGGACCAGGAGGCGAAACUUCUCUGGACCCUAAAAUUGUAGUAGGGAAAGAUGCUGCCAGGCAGCAGCAAAUGAGACCAGUAGCCAAGUUUGGACCUUACCAGAAAGCACUGCGAGAAAUCAGAUAUUCUUUGCUGCCAUUUGCUAAUGAGUUGGGUACCACCUCAGCAGCUGUUGAAGUCAAUAGGCAGAUGCUGCAGGAACUGGUGAAUGCAGGGUGUGAUCAGGAGAUGGCUGUGAGGGCCCUGAAACAGACUGGUAGUAGAAGCAUUGAAGCAGCUUUGGAAUACAUUAGCAAGAUGGGAUACUUAGAUCCUAGAAACGAACAAAUAGUCCGUGUAAUUAAGCAGACUUCUUCAGGAAAGGGUAUUAUGCCAAACAACAUAAGCCGUAGGCCAAGUUUUGAAGGUUCCAGUGAAUCUUUUCCAUCCUAUCACCAGAUUAGCAACCCACCCUAUGAAGGAACAGGCUUUGGGGCAGAAGCUGCAAAUGUUCUUGGUGAAGUUCCCAGACCAUAUAUGGACUACUUGCUCUCUGGUUCACAGUCUGCAACCAUAAACACUCCAGUUCAAAGGACGGCUGGGUUAGGCUCCCACAACACGCCUGGCAGUCAUCAGCAGAAAACGUAUCCUGCUAACAUAGAUACCCCAGUGAUCACCUACCCAGUGGCUAGUCACAGCAGCCAAGCCUUGCAGCUCCAAGGUACCCAUGGCUCAAACAGCCCACAUUACAGCAGGCAACCUGUGAUGGUACAGGGGGAGACUCAGGCUCUUGGCUAUGGGAUUCAGCGAAGCCAGUCUUUUCAAAACAAGUUGCAACAGGAGGCAGGGUAUCCAAGCCUUCCAAACAAAGGAGCGGUUGUUCAGAAUAACACUGGCCAUGGAUUCCAGCAAGCACCAGCCAGUAUGUAUAUGCCACACUCUCAUCACAAGCAGCCAAUCCCAUCUGCUCACCCAAUGCAUGUGAUCACCAGAGGCCCGGCAUUUACAAAUGAAUUUUCAGACAGCCCACCACAGGGUCUAUUAACACCAUCUAGAAACAGCCUGAACAUGGACCUGUAUGAUAUGAACAACCCUCAAGUUCAGCAGUGGCAAGCAACAUCUUCUUCCUCCUCCUCCUCCUCCUCCCGUCGUGAUUCAUUACAGAAUCCAGCACUGGAAGCAUCUCCCCGGCAGCAUGUACCCUUCAGACCAGAUGGCUGUGUCCCAAGCAGAACCAAUUCCUUUAACAACCAUCAGCAACAAAUACCGGUAUCCAUGAGACAGACUUCUCCGGGCAAAGCAGAUGCUUCCAUGACUUCCCCAAACACCAUCACGGCAGUCACGUCUGCUCAUAUUCUCCAGCCAGUGAAAAGCACAAGAGUGAUGAGGCCUGAACCUCAGACUGCUGUAGGCCCUUCUCAUCCUGGCUGGUUAUCUGCACAGUCUUCAGCUGUGGAUGGCCUAGGAAUGAUCGAACAGCACUCCCUUCCUGUUGGAGGAGCUAAUGCCUAUCAGUUAGACGUUGACUAUAGCAAUAAGGAGCUCAGGUGCCCUCCACCACCAUAUCCUAAGCAUUUGCUGCUACCCAAUAGUUCUGAGCACUUUGAUAUCAACUGCUUACGUACAGGAAUAGAGCAGUCACUUCGGGGAGUCCCAAACUCAGCAAGCAAUAAAGCUGAGGAAAAUGUGGAAAGGAAUGACAAAAUCAAAUCAGCCAAAGUGGAAAAAAUGGGCAAAGAUAAAAAACAGAUCCAGACAUCCCCAGUGCCAUUGCGGAAGAAUGGCAAAGAUGAAGAGAAAAGAGAGUCCCGUAUUAAAAGUUACUCACCGUUUGCCUUUAAAUUCUACAUGGAACAACAUGUGGAGAAUGUCAUAAAAACCUACCAGCAAAAAAUUAAUCGUCGAUUGCAGUUGGAACAAGAAAUGGCCAAGGCUGGCCUUUGUGAAGCAGAACAAGAGCAAAUGAGGAAAAUUCUCUACCAAAAGGAGUCCAACUACAACAGGCUUAAGAGAGCCAAAAUGGACAAAUCAAUGUUUGUAAAAAUCAAGACUCUGGGUAUUGGCGCUUUUGGAGAAGUCUGCCUUGCCUGCAAAGUUGACACUCAUGCUCUGUAUGCCAUGAAAACUCUGAGGAAGAAAGAUGUGCUGAACCGAAACCAAGUAGCUCAUGUCAAGGCAGAAAGAGAUAUCCUUGCAGAGGCAGACAACGAAUGGGUGGUUAAGCUCUACUAUUCCUUCCAAGACAAAGAGAACCUAUAUUUUGUGAUGGAUUACAUCCCUGGUGGAGACAUGAUGAGCUUGUUGAUCCGAAUGGAAGUCUUUCCAGAAAAGCUAGCUCGGUUUUACAUUGCUGAACUCACAUUGGCCAUAGAGAGUGUGCACAAAAUGGGGUUUAUCCACAGAGACAUCAAACCUGAUAACAUUCUGAUUGAUCUUGAUGGACACAUCAAACUGACUGAUUUUGGCCUCUGCACUGGAUUCAGGUGGACACACAACUCAAAAUAUUAUCAGAAAGGGAGCCACAUCAGGCAGGACAGCAUGGAACCAAGCGAUCUGUGGGAUGAAGUGUCAAACUGUAGAUGUGGAGACAGGCUGAAGACCUUGGAACAGAGAGCUAAAAAGCAACAUCAGCGAUGUUUAGCCCAUUCAUUAGUUGGAACACCCAAUUAUAUUGCACCAGAAGUUCUGCUUCGUAAAGGAUACACUCAGCUUUGUGACUGGUGGAGUGUCGGUGUGAUUCUGUUUGAGAUGCUGGUAGGGCAGCCUCCCUUUCUGGCUGCCUCUCCCACAGAAACCCAGCUGAAGGUGAUAAACUGGGAGAACACACUGCACAUUCCAUCCCAGAUCAAGCUUAGCCCUGAAGCAAGUGACCUUAUCACAAAGCUGUGUUGUGCUGCUGAAGAGAGGCUUGGAAGAAAUGGAGCAGAUGAUCUCAAGGCUCACCCUUUCUUUGAUUCCAUAGACUUCUCCACUGAUAUCCGCAGGCAGCCAGCUCCCUACGUCCCAAAGAUCAGCCAUCCGAUGGACACCUCGAAUUUUGAUCCAGUUGAAGAAGAUGGUCCUUGGGAUGACACUAGUGAGGACAGCACCAGGGCAUGGGACCCACAGACUUCUUCUAGUGGCAAACACACAGAACAUGCCUUCUAUGAGUUCACUUUCCGAAGGUUUUUUGAUGACAAUGGAUACCCAUUCAGAUACCCAAAGCCUUCUGGGCCAGAAGUGAGCCAGUCUGAGAAUUCUGAUGUAGAAAGCAAAGAUGGGAUGGAUCAGACUGGAGCCUGUCAACCUGUAUAUGUGUAAAUUAUUGUACAGAGUUCUAAAACAACAAAAACCCCACCCUUUAUUCAUUUAGGAUCUUCCUUUUAUAGUCCUUAUCUGGGAUAACGUUGAGGAUAAUAUGAGCCUGGAGAGACUAGGACUUGCAGACAAGGUCCUAAAUGCAAGCUGGUUCUGGGUUUAGAGGCUAUUUAGAACGGUAGAUAGCUAUGUUGAUGAGUGCACUUGAAAUCCAGAUUUUCGCCACAGAUUUCCGAGGACAAGUGUGUUCUUAAUCAAGUUUUCCUUUUGGGGCCAGUGUUGCCCACUCUGAGCAUUUACAGGCUUCCACAGCAUUGUGCUAUUUUUUUUUUAAGUGAGCAAAGAGCACUUAUUUUUGUUUAUAGCAGGGUUGUGUUUAUCCUACUAAAUUAUAGGGAUUAAUUCUGACAAAUCAUGCUGCUGUUCUUCUUUUCUACAUUUUUUAAAAAUUGUCCAUUGCACUUAUGUCAUAUUUUUAGGAAAAUGCGGAAGACUGAAGAACGUGUGAUUAAUGGUCUCUGUGCAAUAAUGUUUAAUAAGAGAAGAAAAGUCCACUGUCUAAUGUCCUAAAUUUAAUGUCCUAAAUUUACCGGUGCCAUUUUUAUUCACAUCAUAAUCUUUAUGUGUAUUUUUCACACAUUUAAAUAUCCUUACAUAAUGUUUGAAGCUGCUUUAUUUCCCCUUUUGAUUUUUUUUUAUUUAGUGAUCAAAAUGUGAGCAAGUGGCAAUCAAAGAGUGAUUUCAGUGACUGAUGUGUGGAGAAUGUUGCAUGGGGCUGUGAUUAUUUUGUGUUUCUGUUUUGAAAUGACCAUUUUCUUGCCAUUCACAGGCAGGUCCUGUGUAUCCAUUUUUACUGAGGGUCUGAACAUUAACCCUUCAGGCCUUGUGUGUUGAUAACAUAUUGUGUGGAUGGUUUUGACUCUGUUAUGACUGUGUGCCACCGUUGUAUGUUCUGUAAAAACAAAUUUAUAAAGCUGUAAUUCAGGCUAGGGAUUGGUGGUGUGUAUAGGGGAAGAGGGAGGUUAGUAUAAUUGGAUUGUCUUGUUUCAUAAAAUAUUUAUCCUCCCAAAGAAGGGUAAAUAUCAAAACAUUGCUUUUAAAAUAAAUUUGUGGCCAGGAUCUACUAACUGUGUAAGAUGGACCACUUACCUAGCACAUGAUAUAUAGUGUUCAGUAGUUUGAAACUUGCCAUAUAGUAUUCAUAAAUAUCAUCAGUUAGUGUCUAUAUGGGGAAAAACACAGGUGAGAAUUUUUAGUUUUCUGUGCCUUAAAUUUGAUUCACAAGCCUUAUUUUCUUAUCCUUAAAGUUGAUAGGACUCUUCAGAGCUUGGAAAAGUUACUUUUUUGAACUACAACUCCCAUCAGCCCAAUCCAGUAGCCAUGCUGGCUGAGGCUGAUGGGAGUUGUAGUUCAAAAAAGUAACUUUCCAAGCUCUGCUCUUCAUAGCAGUAAUAUUAAGGCAGUGACAAUACUUUUCUGUCUAGAAUGUGUUGAGUAUAUGAAGCUGCCUUUAUGCUGAGUUGAAUCCUUGUUAUCCCAGCCACUAUACUCUACGCUGGCUGGCAGUCUCUCAGGCAGAGGUCUUCCAAGCCCAGUUACCUGAGAUCUUUUAACUGGACAUGCUAGGGAUUGAACAUGAGACUUUAUACAUUCAAAGCAUCUACUUUGCCAUUGAGAUAUAGAUUCUCCCCAGAGGCAUCUUUUCAUUAUUAUGGCUAUAUCUUAUGAUGGGAAACCCCCAUAUGUAGCUGCCCCAAGUAUUCAUUUAAACAGUCCCUAAAAUCAUAAAGUAGAUAACAUCAGAUUAUCUUGACCUAUCUAGCUGUUUCUCAGUGAUCACUUGGAGGCCUGGAAACUGCAUACAUGGUAAAAGCAUGUUGUUUAAAAAACCUGCAGCCAUUUAUUAACAUCACAUUGAGGCAACAAUGGCUGACACUGUUCCAGAGCUGCCAGGAAUUGAGAACUAUUCUGACCUAUUUUAAAUAGACAGGCCUACCCUAACCUUGUACACACAGAAAUGAAUAAUAUUUGAGGUUGCAGCCUUAUUGUCUAAGUGAAGUUCCCAAAUGGUGGCCCUGAUUAUACCUGGUCUGUUGUAUUGUUAUAUAUUUAUGAUGGACCAUACUAAUAAUUCAUCUCUGUCAAAAUGCAAGCAUACUUUAAAAUAUUUUUAAAAAUUGUUUAAAAUAUACAUUUUAUUAGUUAUGUUAACAUAAGGAUUAUUCAAAAUGAUAAUGGAAUACUAAAGAUAAUUAAGCCAUAAGUAUCUUCAUUUAUAUUCUAUAUAUACCUAAAUCCUUAAUUCAGAUUAGUUUAACAGUCCUGUUUUUAAAUAAUUGAUUGCAAUAACAUUUGAGGGCAAUAUUCCACUGAGUUUUUGCUUUAUUUUAAGUUUUUGAAUCUGAAGCUUCAUUUUUUCCUUAUAUUAUUCCACAUAUUACUCCUUAACAAUUUAGCCUAUCAUAUCCUACCCAUUGUCUAGAUAUAUAAAGCAACAGCACCUGUAAAUCCAUCAGGCUAAACUAAACAAAAUGAUUGUGUAUUUGUUUACAUUUGUAUGAGUGUUCUGAGAUAUGCAGUGCUUGUGUUGUGGCAGUUUAUGAAAGAUUCAGUAUUACUACUUUUUAUAUAAUAAUGCCAUUUUUUUAUAUUUACAACUAUCUGACAUUCUUUCAUGUGGUAGGUUCUUCCUCAGGAACUCAGUUUAACUGUUAUUUAUUUAUCAUUUGUCUUUCGAAAGCUUCUGCUGGCACAAUUUAUUAUUAUUAUUAA